GAAGAGUGAAGAUCUCAUUGUUUCAACUAUAAUUCAUGCUCGAAGACCUUCAAUCGUUCUGGAUUCAUUUAUUGUCCUUCUCUAGCGCCUUUGCGAUAAGACUACAUCGGAGAGUACAGCGCAAAGUGACAAAAUGCAGCAGCACACCUCAUCGCCAAAGAAGGUGGCAAUCGCCGGCACUGGUUGUCUGGCGCGUUAUUUUAUCGAAGAAUUCACCUGUCAUGGUCAUGACCUCGUUGUCCUUACCCGCACCCGCAAAUCAUUCCUUGAUGAGAUGCGCGUAACACAGCGAGUCACUGAUUAUACUGUCAACGAUUUGCGCGAUUGCCUUGAUGACUGCGACACCAUUCUUUCAUUUAUCAACGCGCCGUACCCCACACACACCGAGAUUCAUUUGAACAUUUUGCAGGCAUGCCGCUUAUCUCGGAAGUGUAAAAGAUUCAUUCCAGCAGAGUGGGCUAUUAACAUCGAGGACUUCCCGGAACAUCCGAUGUUUAAUACCGACAGUCGCGAACCUAUACGUGAAGCUCUGAAAAGGCAGAAUGAGAUACAGUACACUUUCGUGUGUCAUGGCUGGUUCAUGGAUUAUCUUGUGCCGGUAGCGCAACGCCACAUUUCGGAAAUCGGAGAAGGCUGGCCAAUGAACCAUGAACAAAAGGUUUUCAUGUUAUAUGGCGAUGGCCAUUCUUUCCUGAGCCUUACUUCAUGCAGGGAUUUGGCAAGGGCGAUCGCCAUUCUACUUGAUCACAGCACCUGGGAAGAGUACACGCAUAUAUCUGGCCAUACUCUCACCUAUUUGGACCUGUUUGCUAUUAUUCAAGCAAGAGACCGAAAUUGGAUUCUCAAGAAAACAACUUUGGCAGAUGUCGUGAAUCGCAUCGUGGAAGCAAAAUCAACAACAACAAAAGCCAAUUCUGCACAGCUACAGCUCAUGGGUUUCGUCGGUUGUAACUCAGAGCCAGAAGCUAAGGUCAAGGCACAAAGGGAUACGUAUUUCUCUCAUAUACGUUUCAGGAAUAUUCAUGAAUUCCUCGACCAGGCUCUUGCUCAUCCAGAAGAAAUUCCAUAGCUUUCAAGUUUCCGGGUUCACCUGCAGAAUGUUGAUGCUGGGCGCAAACGACAUUGAGGGCUUCCAGAUUACUCUGAGAACUAGUAUGCUUACCCAUCCAUGGAUGCAAUUGCUUAGGUAGAGACUUUUGAUAAACAAAUUCCUAUUGACGCUUACUAUAUUCAUGACUGUCUUACUGGUAUUCCAAAUGUCUAUCUUUUCAUUCCAAGACAGG